UGUGAUGAAGAUAAUUAAGCCCCCACCCUUUCCAAGGUAGAUGUCCAUGUUCUAAUUCCUGGAACCUAUGAAUGUAUGACCUCAUCUGGCAAAAGGGACUUUGAAGAUGUGAUUAAGGAUCUUGAGAUGGGGAGAUUAUCCUGGAUUAUUUGGGUGGACCCAAUAUAAUCACAAGGGUCUUUAUAAAAGGGGGGUAGGGUCACAAUAAGAGAAGGAGAUGUGCCAAUGGAGCAGACGUCAGAAUAACAGAAUAAUGGGGCCACAAGCCAAGAAAUGCAGGCUUCCUCUAGCAGCUGGAAGGAGCAAGGAGCAAAUUCUCCCCAGGAAUCUCCAGAAGGAAUGCAGACUGGCCAAGACCUUGAUUUUAGCCCCGUAAGAUCCAUUUUAGACUUCUGAUUUCCAGAACUGUAAGAUACUAAAUUUAUGUUGUUUUAAUCCACUAAGUUUGUGGUAAUUUGUUGCAGUAGCAAUGGGAAAUGAAUGCACUUACAACAAACACUUACAGAGUUUAUGUUGACUCCCAUUAUAGACAGUGAUUUCACACAAGAAUUUUCAAUGGAAAAUAUUUUCUUCCAGACUUGAACACUAAAGCUACAUACCUCUUCAACCGGGCAAAAGCUACUAAAAGUUAUAGUGAUUAGGAAAUUUAUGGGAAUGGGCCAAACCCAGGUAAAUACUCUGUUUUCCUUUUUAAUAUAAGUUUAGACCAAUCCGUUUAUCUUGGACACAUUCGAUGCCUUACUGUAAAGUUUAUCUGUGCACAGCAGAAGUGAGAAGAGGACCAAUGAGCUGAGAGAUAACCCGAUCAAUCUGCUUCCUCCGUCUUUGCUUCAGUGCUUUGUACAGGAAAUCCAUUGCUGUGUCAAGUUCCAGAGAAGAGUUUCUUCUCUUCCAACUUACUAAUCAGGCUAAACCACAUAGAGUUGAAGGAAGGGGGUAGGAGGAAGGGAGUGCCCCACUGCUGAUGGCCUGAAAGGAUCCCGGACAGAGAAGUUGACCAGAGAGGGUCUCACCAUGCUCGUGGUACCUUCAGUGUCUGUGUGGAGCAUAAGUACCAAGUGAAAGGCAGAAAAAAGAAAACAGAAAUGCUCUGCCCUUGGAGAACUGCUGACUUAGGACUACUACUGAUUUUGACCAUCUUCUUAGUGGCUGCUUCAAGUAGUUCAAAUGGGGAUGGAAAGCAGAUAGAACAGAACUCUUCAAUGCCUCUCUCAGAAGUUAACACUUCACUGUCUGCAGUGAUAGACACCAGCGCUGUGCUCCACUGCCCUCGUACAUUGACAGAAGUGGUGCUAGCAAGAUGGGAAAUAAUCCUCAGGGACAAGCCUUCCUGCACAAAAGCCUACAGGAGCGACACAAAUGAGACCAAGGAUACCAACUGUACUGAUGACAGAAUAACCUGGGCCUCCAGCCCCAGUCAGAAUCCUGACCUUCACAUUGCUCCAGUGGCCAUCACUCAUGAUGGGAAUUACAGGUGUACGACGGCGACACCUGAUGGGAAUUUCAAUCAUGAGUAUCACCUCCAAGUGUUAGUUGCCCCGGAAGCGAGCCUGUUUCUCAGCAGGAAUAGAACUGCGAUGUGCAGGGCAGUAGCGGGGAAGCCAGCUGCACACAUCUCCUGGACCCCAGAGGGGGGUGCUUGUGUCACGGAGCAAGAACGCUGGGGCAAUGGCACGGUGACUGUCAAGAGUACAUGCCACUGGGAGGGCCCCGAUGUGACUACUGUGACCUGCUCUGUCUCCCAUCUGACUGGCAACAGGAGUCUGUUCAUAGAGCUGCUUCCUGGUGCCAUAACUUCAGAAAAAUCAUAUAUUCCAUAUAUCAUCUUUCCUAUUAUUUUGAUCAUCGUGGGAUCCAUUUGGUUUUUGAAAUUUGGUGGCUGCAGAAAAUGUAAAGUGAAUAAAACAGAAGCUACUCCAGUUGUUGAGGAGGAUGAAAUGCAGCCCUAUGCUAGCUACACGGAGAAGAAUAAUCCACUCUAUGAUACUACAAACAAGGUGAAGACAUCUCAGGAAUUACAAAAUGAAGUUGAUUGCACAGGCCUGCUUACUUUAUAAGUGACUGGAAACCAGCACGAAGAAAAAUGAGUCAAGAUACAUUAUAAUUAAUGUUUUGAUUGUCUUACAGUUCUAGAAACGAAGACUUAUUUUGAAUUUAGUUUUUGCAAAGGCUCUUAGAAGGCAAAGACAUUUCAAUGGAUUUACAUUCAUAUCCUUGAAUAAUUGGAAUUUUAGGUUCUUAGCUGCUACCAGCAGUUCUCUGAAGAACUGAUGUUAUCGUGACAAAGAAAACACAUGCUUGUGAUAAAAUAUUCAUGUUGUACAGUAUAGUAAAUAACGAAAACUGACUUUCCUGAAGAAAUAACUGCAGAAAAAACAAUCAUCAACAAUUUGUUAUAUAUUCUUCAGAAAAUUUUUAUGUACAUAUGACUUGUCUGUAUGCCUAUGGUAUAUAUGUACUUUUAUAUAUCUAUUUACAUAUACACACACAUAUCUUUGUCAAGAAACCAAUGGGAGCAUACUGUAACACUGUUGUAUACUUAUAAAUACCUAAUUAUAUCAGUCUUGGAGAGCUCUUUAUAUCAAUACAAACAGAACUACCUCAUUCUUUUUAAUGGCUACAUAAAAUUCCAUUGUAUGGUUACAUCGUAAUUUAAUUAACCAACACCCUAGUGAUGGAUAUUUAGAUUGUUUUAAGUUUUGUUUGUUUGAAAUUUUGUUUAUGGUAUAAACAAUACCACAUAGAAUAUUUCUUUUGGCUUUAUCUGUUUGUAUUUUUAAAGUAUAUUUGUAAGAUAACUGUUUUGAGUGAAAUUGUCAGGUCAAAGGGUUUGUGCAUUUUUAAUAUUCAUAGAUAUGUCCAAUUGUACCAAUUUACAUAGACUCCAACAGUGUUUGAAUGUGUUUUUCCUUAAUUCCCUAUUUUAAUAUCGGCAAGAUUCCUACUUCCCAGUUCCCACUUUCUCUUUUUAGUCAAACAGUUAGCUAAUAUGAUAUGAUUAUAAGAAUGGUAUUCUUUAAUAAAAAUGGAAUUCUAUUCUUUGUUAUAUUUGUAAGAGAGAGAAUGAUGUGUUAGGACAUUGGUUUCUUCUGAACCCAUGAUGUUUCUAUAGAGGUGUUGAUAUUUAAUGCCUCACAAUUUUGCAGAUGUGAUAAAUUGGCACUGUGUAUUUUUAUGGCAUACAUUCUGUUGUGGUAUAUUUAUCAAAUAAUCAAUGUCUAUAGACCAUAUAAGUAGCAAAAUAUGCACUGGGGAGGACUUGGAGGAUGUGUAAAAUAUGAUCUGUGUGCUAAGAGAAUGGUAUGGGAUGACAUGAUUCUAUUCUCCAUUUCUUGUGGACUAAAUAUUGAGAAUGUAUAUAUUAAUUAUUUUUUAAUAUUAUACAAAUAUUUUUAAUUAUGGCAAAUUAUGAAAAAAUAAGUCUGUUUGUUUCAUAGCAGGAACAAACAUUAAAAGUUUUUCAUCAUGAGAAAAAUUAAAACAAAAUGCAUUCAUUCUUCAGUCACGCCAUCUGAGAUAUUUAAGACAGCUAAUUUGUCUUAUUAAUGUAUUUUCCUCCCUCCAUACAUUUAAGUUACUCUAGGGUUUAUCUUUAUUGUCUUUCUUUCUUUUUUUUUUUUGUUUUUGAGACAAAAUCUCACUCUG